AUGUUCUCCUUUGUCGCAGGCUCAAUGGCGAAAGGGCGAGGUGGUGGAGGGGGAGGAGCGAGUGGUUCUAUCGACGACGGUUGGGAUGUACCAGGAACUGUCAAGGCGGCAAUGGCUUUCCGAAUCAUCUGGUCUGUUGUCAUUUUUGGCCUAUUCUUGACUAUUCUUCGACGUCUACGCUCCGUCCCACCUGGCCGCUAUACCCGCGCUCCGUACAUUCUCCUCUCCAUCGUUGCAGGCACAUUAUCCAUCUCAUAUCUUCUCUCCGCAAUCUUGUUCAGAAUGUCGACGGGCGAGAGUAACGCCCCAUUCCCGGUCAUACGCCGGUUGGGUUCGUUCAACAGCUUCUUGUCGAACGUGGACAUUGCCUUCGAACCAGCAGUCUCCCUCUGGCUCGUUCAUCUUCGUGGAAGGCUGACGAAUACGGCUGAGGCCAAAUCUGUCAACCCGUGGGUAUCGCAGCAUUGGAAGCGUAUCGUCGACUGGUCGCUUGUGGCUAUCACCUUCACUAUCGGUAUAUCCACGAUAGCGAUAUCCGAAAAUGCAUGGGCACUGUAUGAAGCGCAUCGCCUGGAUUCAAAUCAACUUAUUGACCGUCUUCUCGUCAAUCGCAACCUCAAUCUUACCGUCAUCGCGCUUGGAUUGUUCCUGGCAAUUGAUAUCGCCAUUUCUUUCAUUUCUCUCAAGAUCUCACAGAAGAGGGUACACUUUAUUGACCCAUUAACUACAAGACUUCUUAGAGUCGUCUUGCCCUUUGUGGUCAUCGGUUUUAUCCAAUCGCUGGUGAUCACAAUAUUACCAAAUGUGCACACGCUCUAUGAAACCGAGUUCAACGUCUUCAAUCUCGUUAUCACCAUCAUCGACGGCAUUUGCAGAAUAGGAAUUAUUGGCGGCCUCCUGUCCACGAUGGUGAUUCCAAACGUGCUCUGGAUUCCGGGUGCUACGACAUCUGCUGUUCCUCUGCCUGUUAGCGGGGACACCGGAUACAUGUCGUACAAGUCUUAG